GUGAGCAUAGAGGACUUUGAGGUCAUCAAGCCCAUCUCACGCGGCGCUUUUGGGCGGGUGUACCUGGCUCGCAAGCGCGCUACCGGUGACCUCUUUGCCAUCAAGGUGAUGCGCAAACGGGACUUGAUUCGGAAGAACCUCGUGGAGAACGCAUGUUUUGAGAAGGAGAUCAUGUCGUCGGCCAACAACCCCUUCAUUGUGCGCUCCUACUAUUCCUUCACAUCCAAGGACAAUUUAUACAUCGUCAUGGAGUACAUCAGCGGAGGGGACACCGCGAGCCUGCUGCGCAGCAUGGGCGCGCUUGACGAGGGGGUCGCGCGGCAGUACAUCGCUGAGACCGUGCUGGCGCUAGAGUGGUGUCAUCAGCAAGGCAUCAUCCACAGGGAUGUUAAGCCUGACAAUCUGCUGAUAUCAGCCAGCGGACACAUCAAAGCCACGGAUUUCGGUCUCAGUUGUGUUGGUGUGGUUGACCCGGCUGGCGAGAGCGCCAGGAUCAGAGAGGCACUGUCUUCCGCGCUGUCUCCUGUGAAGCUGGGCAUGGAUGCUGCGCUGUCCGCUCCCUCCUAUGAGCGCCGCCACGCUGUGGGCACGCCUGACUACCUGGCUCCUGAGUUGCUGCUGGGCACGGGGCAUGGGAGCGAGGUUGACUGGUGGAGCCUCGGCGUGGUUCUGUAUGAGUUUGUCACUGGCAUGCCGCCGUUCAACGCAGACUCACCUGAGGAAAUCUUCGACAACAUCCUGAACAGGCGCAUCGAGUGGCCAGACAGUGGCAUGUCUGCGGAGUGCCGUGACCUGAUCGAUCAGCUGAUCCAGCCGGACUCGGAGCUGCGCCUCGGCCACUGUGGCUCCUCAGAGAUCAAGGCACACCCUUGGUUCGGUGGCCUGGAUUGGGACAACCUGGCGCAGGCCAAAGCCGUCUUCAUACCUCACCUCGAGUCCGACACCGACACGACCUACUUUGCUCCAAAACAGGUCCUGACCCUAAGCAUGUCCUUUGUUUACUUAUAUGCAGAUCAGCUUGCUGCUGUUCAUGUGCAUUGUGGCUAUAGUUGA